UUGUGACACUCUUCAAUAUGGCGAAAGCUGUCAAAUACUGAAUCAGUGAAUUUGACCUUGAUGUUUUUCGAAAGUGUGUAAAAUAUAGCUCUUAUCGAGCUUUUCCAUAGUUACGGGCUAAUUAACAACUUUAGUUAGAAAUCAUAAGUGCGCAUUCUUUAAACAUUUCCAUUCAAAAUAAAUCUGGAAAUCGAAUUUGUUUCAAGAUUAUCAAGUGACAACAUGUGGCACAUGACGUCAUUUAUUCAAGAGUCGGAUGUGUGUAAACACGGUUUAUAAGGCCUACUUUAACUAAGAUUCGUACUUAAUUACGAAGAAAACAACAUGAUUUUGAAACAACUUUCCUGUGGAACUUUUUGGCGUAACAUGUAUAUUUGUUGAUCUAACUAUUUGCAAUGUCAAAAUUUCAAGAAUUCACCAAGAAACUGUUCUCUAAAUAUAUGCUGGCCACAAAUACAGCAACUACCUGCGCAUUGCUGGGUCUUGGGGACUACAUCGUUCAGAAUAUAGAGAGGCUGGACCACAAAGAUGCGAAAUACGAUUUCCAUCGAACUGGGCGUAUGAUGUCAAUGGGAUUUUUGUAUGGACCCAUGUCGCAUGUCUGGUACAAGAUACUGGAUGGAUACUUGCCGGCCACCAACUUGAGAACUGUAGCUAAGAAAAUUGUGGUUGAUCAAGCUGUGGCUGGGCCUAUCUUUUGCUCAGCAUUUUUCAUGGGCAUGUCAUUGCUGGAAGGAAAGACAGUAAAGCAUGGAGUUGAUGAAAUUAAAUCAAAGUUCCUCAUAGUAUAUAUGAUUGACUGGUGUGUAUGGCCGCCUGCACAGUUUUUGAACUUCUCUUACCUGGGCCCUCAGUAUCGUGUGGUGUUUUGUGCGUUCAUCACCUUAUUCUGGAAUUGCAUUCUGUCCUGGUUGAAACACAAGGACAUUAUUCACGAUCACGCCAGUUGAUGUUGACUCCUACCUUAGUUCUUUGUUUUGAUGCUCCCAUCUUUACGGUGAUCUCCACGUCUACAAUUCUCACAGUGAGUGGGGCAUAUCGUGUCCAGACUUGACAAAGCUGGUGGAGCAGAGUUGUCUUUCGUUUAUCUUACCUUGAAUGUUAGAGUUAAAUUGUGUAAGAGAUUAUGGAAACCACUGUUAGGAAAUCGAUGUCUGACAUGUAUCUGUCUAUUUAUUGUUCAAAAGCAUAAUCUGUGAAGUCCAAUAUGUGAUUAAAUUGUUAUUCAGCUAAAAUUGUUAUGCAACUGCAUAUGAAUUGAACAUUUAACCGUUUUUUACCGAAAACUGAAAUAUAUAGCUGUCAGAAUUAUCUGGACUGUAUCCAGAAUCAAAGAUCUAUCUAUGUUUAUUGAUACAUCUUUGCCUGACCACAUUCCAGUUUGUUCAGAAAAAUUACCACUGUUUUAUUUAAGCACCAAUUAAUAACCAGUGUUUUAUAUACAUUUAUAACGAAUUCUAAAGACAAAUACAAUUGUCUUUUGAUUUGUGUGGGUGUGUGAAAAAUUUCAAGUCCUGUCUAUUUGACUAUCAUUCUUUGCUGAUGUUAAACAAGAAAAUGAUAUUUUAUUUUUAUGUUGGAUUUGUAUGUAUUUUAUGUCUGAACAUGUAUUUUUAUGACUAUGUUUUUAGCUCGCUUGAACAUGAACUGCUGAUGGUGACCGGCUGCAUGCGUUUUUCUUCAUAUGUCUUUAGGGGUCGCAUUUUAGCUACCACUCUAAAGGCCGCAUUUUUCAACUUGAAGAAACCUAGUUAGAUAGGUAACCCCAGCAAUAUCUAGGCCGAGAUUGAAUUUUGUAUCGUUCCGUUCGUAAAAACUAGGUCACCAAGUCAAAUUAGAAAAAACAUUUUUACCAUCUUACCAGGGUAGAGGCCUUAUAUGUGACUUUAUUUAAAUUAAACUUGGUCAAGACAUUCAUCUUGAAAAUGUCUAGGGUGAGCUCAAAUCUGGGUCACAUGCAUCCAAAAUCUAGGUCAACAGGUCAAAUCUGAGAAAAUCUUUGUUACCAAUCUAGAGGUAUCGAUAUCAAGGACUUUUCUUAGACAUUUGUUAAGCAAAGUCACGAAAUAGGUCUCCAUGUCAAGGUUUUGACAAUUGGUUUAUCUUUAACUCAGGUGAGCGCUUAAGGGACAUCAUGGCCCUCUUGUUAAGUUGAGACCAUGAGAGAUUGAUGACUAUUAUUUAUUAAUUGUAUUUGUUGCAGUUUUGUUAUGCAUGUUCUUUUUUUAGCUAAAUAAUGUUAAUAAAAUUCACACAAGUUAAA